AAGACUAGGAGACAGAGAGAGAGAGAUAGAGAUUGGAGAAACAGAGAGGAUAAUGGAUAGGGUGUUCUCAGUGGAUGAAAUCUCCGACCAAUUCUGGUCACCCCCACUGCCGUCUGGAACCGGACAAGUGGACGAAUCGUCUAGAAUGAACCGGAGCCCAUCGGAGUGGGCCUUCCAGCGCUUCUUCCAGCUGGAGGCCUCCGCCAACGCCGCGUCCGACGCCUCGUCCGCCAAAAACGACGGCGUCGUCGAGAUCAAGGACGACCACGACAGCGACAACAAUCGCACCCAGAAUGCUGUUACUACUAAUAAUAAUGAUAAUAACCAGAACAACAAGGCUGCGGCUAAGGCUAAUGGUAAUACCACUACCACGACGUCGUUUAAUACGCCUCCUCCGAACAUCCCGAUCGACUCCGAGGAGUACCAGGCCUUCCUUAAAAGCAAGCUCAAUCUUGCUUGUGCUGCUGUGGCUUUAACUCGGGCGUCUUUAGUAAAGCCUCAAGAAUCUGCUGCUUUAGCUGACAAUGGAUUGCAAACUUCCUCUACUUCACAAUUGGGAUCCCAAGCCCCUUCUAAAGGAGCUGGGUGUGAUUCAUCUAGGUCAAGAGAGAAGGACUCUAAUGGAGCACUUGGGAGUAAAUCCUUACCUACAAUUCAAAAGAAAUCUGGGGUCCCAGUGAGGUCAACAACAAGUGGAUCAUCUAGAGAACUAUCAGAUGACGAGGAAGUUGAAGGAGAAAAUGAACUGACUCAGAGUACGGACCCUGCUGAUGUGAAACGUGUCAGGAGGAUGCUUUCCAAUAGGGAGUCGGCCAGACGCUCAAGAAGAAGAAAGCAGGCCCAUUUGACUGAGCUUGAGACGAAGGUUGCUGAACUAAGAGUUGAAAAUUCUUCGCUGUUAAAGCGUCUUACUGACAUAAGCCAGAAGUACAAUGAAGCAGCUGUUGACAAUAGAGUUUUAAAAGCAGAUGUUGAAACAUUUAGAGCAAAGGUUAAGAUGGCAGAAGAGACAGUCAAAAGAAUUACUGGAUUGAACCCAAUGUUCCAUGCCAUGUCUGAGAUAUCCACGGUGGCAAUGCCAUCAUUUGAUGGAAGCCCUUCUGAUACAUCAACAGAUGCUGCCGUGCCCGUGCAAGAUGGCUCAAACCAUCACUUUUAUCAACCCAAUGCCAACAAUAAUGUGUCUACUCAUGAUCUGAGAGUCAACAAUGGCUUGGCAGACAUUCCCCCUAUUGAAAAUGUGCAGCAGAAAUCAGCAGCAGGAAACAAGAUGGGAAGAACAGCUUCUAUGCAGCGAGUGGCUAGUUUGGAGCAUCUUCAGAAGCGGAUCCGUGGGGGUGUAAGUCCUUGUGGGCCGCAGUCCAACGGGGAGCAGUAGCAGUAAAGGAUGAUUUGAAGAAUGAUCAUAAUGCAGUACUAUUUUUGGUUUUACUGUAUGUAAGAAACCCUAUUCUUUAUGUUAACUACACUGUUAAUUGAACAACCUCUAUUUAUUAACUCUACUGAUCAAUGUGAUGCUCGAUGUAACGGCUUAUCUUGUCAAGUUGGCCAAAACUUAUUCAUCCC